AUGGAUCGAUUAUGGGAAAAUUGUCGUGCCUUUCAUCCAAAGGAUCCGGCACAUGGUACGCUAAAUUACGAUAUUGGGGCUUUAAACAAACAUCAAAAAGGCAAUUUAAAUUUAAGAAAAUGUAUAGAGAGAUGUAAAAAUGAAGUUUACUUAAAAACACAUCCGGAAAUCGAAGGAUUGAUUUUGAUUUUACUUAGAUUCAUAUUGCAUGGAGAAUCCUCAGUGAAUGUUGAUGAAACAAUAGGUGAAUUUUUCAAUAGACCACGUCAGCAAAUACUAGUAGAACUUGUUGAGUAUUUCUUGCAUACUAAACAAGGUACGAGUUUCGAAAGUCACUGUCAAUUAUUAAGGAAUGUCGAAAUGAAUGAAUAA